UAUAAAGUACAGUUAGUGACUAGUCGAAGCAUGUUUGCUUGAACGUCGUUACAGCUCAUAGUAGACGAGAGUGAGAUCAGUGCGGGAUUUAUUCGAACAUUGGUGUUAAUAAACUAGCAAUUCUACGGUUACGCAGAAGGCAAAUUACUUCACCGAAAAUGUCGAGGGCUAUAUUUAUUGUUAUUUUUGCAUUAACGUGUCUCACUUUCCUGACAGAAGCUGUACUAAAAAGUUAUUAUAUUCAAUGUAAAGACUCGCCAAACAGCAGUUCAAAUAUUCGAUCAUUAUCUAUUACGAAUUGCAAUACGCCACCAUGCCUCCUAAAGAAGGGAACUACCGUAUCGGUUGAAGAGGUAUUUUCAGUCAACAAAGAUAUCUCAAAAUUGAAGACUAGAGUUUUUGCGAAGACCGAUUAUGGAAUUUUUCCAUUUUUAAGUGUCAAUAACCAGGACGCUUGCCCGAACAUAUAUAACAUGAAUGAUACUAAAGCUGAAUGUCCUUUAAGAGCGAAUGGUAUCUAUAAAUACAAAAAUGAAUUCUUUAUUUAUAGAUUUUAUCCUAAUGUGGAAGUAACUGUCACUUGGAAAUUAAUUGAAGAGGUUAACCAGAAUAAGAGUAAUGUCAUUAGUUGCUUCGAAGUGGAUGCACGAAUAAAAAUAUAAUUAUUUUUAUCGUUUUUUUAUGUGAAAUAUUUAUAAAUACAAAAGGUCUUUAUCUGUUUUGUAAUAUACAUAUAAAAUCAAUACAUAUACAUUCAUUUUUAUCCGGCGUAUUAUUUUAAAUGUCAAUAGUUUAGUGACUAAUCGGCUUUCAGUGACCUCUGUGAGCUCAAAAAAAUGGCCUUAUGGGUAAAAUAAAAUUUAUACAUUAAUUUAACGAAUAUGCAUGAUAUAUUGAAAUAUUGGGAGUUCAAUUUACCACAACCCAUGUAUUCAAAGUGGAAUACACGAUUUUAAGCGUCAUUUUUACAUAAUUUAUUUUAUGAUACUUAUUUUUAUAAAUAAUAUGAAAAGAGAAGAAAGCAAAAAAUAAAAAAAUUAAAAACA